GUCCUGCAGCCUCUCUAGUGCAAGCUGCCAGGGUUGGAAGUCAAGGGGAGCCUGCGGGAUAGGCAACUGUUCACCCGUUUCAAUCCCCCAGUGGAAAGGCUCUCUCGCUCGCUCUCGGACUGCUCCAGAACCGGAGAGAGAGAGACCUGAGGGGCAUUUGGCUCGCUUGGGCUCGACACAGCCGGGGGCACUAACUAAACAACGAAGGGUAAUAUCGGAAAAUCCAAGCGUUUCACAGGGAUAUCGAUCUCUCUCUGUUGGGUUGCUGCAGGACGUAUUUGCUCUCCCUGCUAGUUAUUUCUUGGGAUUCAUCGCUUCCUUCUUUAAAGGUUGCUACUUUGGGUCGAGAUCUCUGCCAUGGAGUUAUCGGGCGGCCUCUUUCUUCUUCUGAUGCUUGGGGUCUGCGCAACAAACCGAAUUCCAGAAUCUGGUGAUGAUAACGGUGUUUUCGAUCUCUUUGAGUUAAUUGGCUUUGGUCGCAAGGGAGCACGCAAGCCACCAGGGGUGCAUCCAGUAAAGGGACCUGAGAUCUCCAGCCCUGCCUACCGGAUUGAGGAUGCCAACCGUAUCCCUGCUGUUCCUGACCACAAAUUCCAAGACAUUCUUUAUACCAUCCAAGCUGAGAAGGGCUUUAUCCUGUUAGCAAACCUUCGCCCAGUAAAGAAGAGCCCUGGCACUUUGUUGGCUGUAGAGCGCAAAGACAACUCUGGAUAUGUUUUUAAGCUGGUGUUGAAUGGCAGGGCGAAAACCUUGGACCUGAGUAUCUUACCUAAGGAAGGCAACCAGAGUCUGGUGUCAGUGGAGGAUGUUGAGUUGCCCAACGCACAGUGGAACAACAUCACCCUCUUUGUCCAGGAGGAUCAGGCUCAGCUCUAUGUGGGGUGUGAGAAAAUGGUGAAUGCUGAGCUGGAAAUUCCUAUUCAAAACAUCUUCACCAGGGACUUGGCCAGCAGUGCCAGACUUCGCAUUGCCAAAGGGGGAGUCAAUGACAACUUCCAGGGAAUGCUGCAGAAUGUGCGGUUUGUGUUUGGAACCACACUGGAAGCCAUCCUGAGAAACAAAGGCUGUGAAAGCUCCACCAGGACAGUUAUUAAAUUGGACAGUCCCAUGAAUGGCUCCCGUCCAGCCAUCCGCACUAACUACAUUGGCCAUAAAACAAAGGAUAUCCAGGCAAUCUGCGGAUUCUCCUGUGAUGAACUAGCCAAUGUGUUUAUAGAACUGCAAAGUCUGCGUGCCCUGGUUACAACACUUCAAGAUUCAGUCCACAAAGUGAAUGGCUUUAUGGAAUUGGUUGGCGGUCCAUUUGAUAUAAGUCCUGGAGCAUGCCUCCAUAAUAAAGUUGUGCGUGCAAACAAAGAUGAGUGGACAACAGAUAGCUGCACUACAUGUACUUGCCAGAAUUCUGUCGUUAUCUGCCAUAAAGUGUCUUGCCCUCUAAUGCCAUGUUCCAAUGCCACUGUUACUGAGGGAGAAUGCUGCCCACGAUGCUUCCCCAGUGACUACGCAGAGGAUAAUUGGUCUCCUUGGUCUGAAUGGACUACCUGCUCUGCAACCUGUGGCAAUGGGAUUCAGCAGAGAGGUCGCUCUUGUGAUAGCAUCAGCCGUCACUGUGAAGGCUUUUCUGUACAAACACGAAUCUGCAAUAUGCGGGAAUGUGAUAAGAGAUUCAAACAGGAUGGUGCCUGGAGCCACUGGUCCCCUUGGUCUUCUUGCUCUGUUACUUGUGGAACCGGAGUGAUCACUAGAAUCCGUCUGUGCAACUCUCCACUUCCUCAGAUGGGUGGCAAAGAGUGUGAAGGAGAGGCAAGAGAAAACAAAUCUUGCCAGCAAGACCCUUGCCCAAUAAAUGGGAACUGGGGACCAUGGUCACCAUGGGACACCUGUGCAGUCACAUGCGGAGGAGGCAUUCAGAAGCGUGGUCGCCUCUGCAACAGUCCUGAGCCUCAGUUUGGAGGGAAGGAUUGCAUUGGUGAUGCUGUGGACACACAGAUCUGCAACAAGCAGGAUUGCCCAAUUGAUGGGUGCCUAUCUAACCCUUGCUUUGCGGGAACUACAUGUAGUAGUUUUCCUGAUGGUUCCUGGAAAUGUGGUGCCUGUCCUGCCGGCUAUCAUGGAAAUGGAGUUAAAUGCAAAGAUAUUGAUGAGUGUCAAGAGGUCCUAGAUGCCUGCUUUCUCUUUGGUGGAGUGCACAGGUGUGAGAAUACUGAACCUGGAUACCAUUGCCAGCCUUGCCCUCCACGUUUUACUGGAACACAGCCCUUUGGUCGAGGUGUGGAGGAUGCAAUAGCAAACAAGCAGGUCUGCAAACCUCGUAACCCAUGUGCUGAUGGAACUCAUGACUGCAACAGGAGUGCCAAGUGCAUUUACCUUGGCCACUUCAGUGAUCCCAUGUAUCGCUGUGAAUGUAAACCAGGCUAUGCUGGUAACGGCAUUAUUUGUGGAGAAGACACCGACUUAGAUGGAUGGCCAAAUGAGAACCUUCUCUGUGUUGCCAAUGCUACUUACCAUUGCCGUAAAGAUAACUGCCCCAACCUUCCCAAUUCUGGACAAGAAGAUUAUGAUAGGGAUGGAAUUGGUGAUGCUUGUGACAAUGAUGAUGAUGAUGACAACAUUUCAGAUGACAGAGACAACUGCCCAUUCAUUUACAAUCCACAACAAUAUGAUUAUGACAGGGAUGAUGUUGGUGAUCGCUGUGAUAAUUGCCCCUACAAUCACAAUCCUGAUCAGAUAGACACUGAUAACAAUGGAGAAGGAGAUGCAUGUGCUGUGGAUAUUGAUGGAGAUGGCAUUCUUAAUGAGGGAGACAACUGCCAGUAUGUAUAUAAUGUGGAUCAGAAGGACACAGAUUUGGAUGGUGUUGGAGAUCAAUGCGACAACUGUCCUUUGGAACAUAAUCCAAAUCAGAUGGAUUCGGACUCUGACCGGAUAGGAGACAAAUGUGAUAGCAACCAGGACAUUGAUGAAGAUGGCCAUCAAAAUAAUCUUGAUAACUGUCCAUAUGUGCCCAAUGCCAACCAAGCUGACCAUGACAAGGAUGGAAAAGGCGAUGCCUGUGAUCAUGAUGAUGAUAAUGAUGGCAUCCCUGAUGACAAAGAUAAUUGUAGGUUGGUUGCCAACCCAGACCAGCUUGACUCUGAUGGUGAUGGGCGUGGAGAUGCAUGCAAAGAUGACUUUGACAAAGAUAAUGUGCUAGACAUAGAUGACAUCUGCCCUGAGAAUGUUGACAUCAGUGAGACAGACUUCCGUCGAUUUCAGAUGAUACCCCUGGACCCUAAGGGCAUAUCCCAAAAUGAUCCCAAUUGGGUUGUUCGUCACCAAGGCAAAGAGCUGGUUCAGACUGUCAACUGUGAUCCUGGACUUGCAGUUGGCUUCGAUGAAUUUAAUGCUGUUGAUUUUAGUGGCACAUUCUUCAUUAAUACCGAAAGAGAUGACGACUAUGCUGGCUUUGUGUUUGGAUAUCAGUCUAGUAGCCGUUUUUAUGUAGUAAUGUGGAAGCAAAUCACCCAGACUUAUUGGGACCCAAACCCAACCAAAGCUCAGGGAUAUUCAGGUCUCUCUAUCAAAGUUGUGAACUCUACCACAGGUCCUGGAGAACACCUACGUAACGCACUGUGGCACACUGGAAAUACUGCUGGACAGGUACGGAAUCUGUGGCAUGACCCUCGUCACAUAGGCUGGAAAGAUUUCACUGCCUACAGAUGGCGUCUGAGUCACAGACCAAAGACUGGUUACAUUAGAGUUGUAAUGUAUGAAGGAAAGAAGAUAAUGGCUGAUUCUGGCUCAAUCUAUGAUAAAACCUAUGCUGGCGGUCGUUUAGGAUUAUUUGUCUUCUCUCAAGAAAUGGUGUUCUUCUCAGAUCUUAAAUAUGAGUGCAGAGAUCCAUGAUACAGAUAUUAUUUCAAAAUGCUGUAUUGCACCUUCUGAAAAGUUUAAUUUCUACAAAACCUGGGACCAUUUUUGUUGCUCUUUACUUUCUUCUGCCUUCGUAAAAUAGAGACUCAAAAUACAUGAUCUGCCUCAAGAGAAUGCUUUUGAGAGAAAGAAAAUGACCUCUGUUGGUACAGAAGAAAACAAAUGUAUUUUGUGAAUAAGAACAUUCCUUGCCUCAGGAGCAAAUAGCCUGUUCUGUAAGAAAGACAUUUGUGUAGCUGGGCAUUGUCACUGCCUGUCUUGAACUGGAGGUCCAAUUGAGUAGCACUUUUGUAAUAAGAAUAUAUGAUGUGUUGUGGACUACUUAAAAAUGAAAUACAUACUUCAGCUUGUAAGGGAAGGUCAAAAGAGAGACUAGCAGAAGGUAGAGGCAGCUGCCUCACUAUCUGAAAGAGGAUUAGGCUCCCUUUUUAGUUUACAUCUAAAUUGGAGGGACUGUUACGUACCUGUCUAAUACUCUGGUCCUAUGCAUGUUUGUUCAGAUGCAAGUCCCAAUGAUACUUGCUCCCACAUAAGAAUGCAUAGGAUUACAGCCUAAAUCUGUUUCAGUUAAUAAGGAAUUACUAUGAUUACAUAGGAAACUAGCUGAUUAGACCAGUGCAGCAUUGAACAUAUUUUAAAAUUCAGUUGUGGGGUAAGAGAAGUAACAGUAACGGCACACUGUAUUGUGCCAGCUUAGUGAGAGAGGGGAUUUAGAGCAACAUAGGGGAAAACCAAAGUUACACGUGUCAUUGCAUGAUAACAGACAUGUACAGGGUUAAUACCAGAGAGGUAAGUAAUGCAGAUGUAGCAAGAACACUGAGGUGCUGAAGAGCACCUUCAUCUUGACUUAGCACUUGUAUUGGCCAGGAACUGUUUGUUUUUCUCUUACAUUUUGGUUAAAAAGACAAAAAAUGACAAAUACAAUUAAAUACAAAAUCCUUUUCUACAAAAUUCAGUGGAGUUCUUUUUAAAAAUGUUCUAAAGCAUUGGUUUUGUAGGAGGAACUGUAGAUAAAGAAAAUGUAAAAUAUUUAUUUUUUUGUUAUCCUGUCUGUUAUAACAAAGGACUCUAAAACAGAAAGCAAUGCGUCAAGACUAUCCACGUAAUUUUGCUAUGUCUCCAUGACUGUAGGAUUGUAAAUACAGGUUAUUUAUUGUUCUAUAGUGAACCUAGAUAGUAGUGUGCGAAGAUAUUUUAGCUGUAAAGAGCAAUUUUCCCAGAAACAAUGUGGGGCACAAACAAAAGCAGCAGAGUGGGGACUGGAUUUUGGUUUUGUUUUCAGUAUGUGCUUCUUUCUUCCUCUGUACAAGACAGCUGGCAAAGUAGCCUAGUAAACUACCUUACUGUUGCAUUGCCUAACCACGAAAAUGUUUAAAUGUUGAUCGCCCAGAUCUCUCCUGUCAGGAGAAAGGAUAGCUUUUUAUUAACAUUGGCCAUAAUCCACUGUCAGUUCACACACUCUUGUUCAUUUUAAAGGGUUUUGCAUGGGAGAUGUUUUCAGUGGAUUACCUUUAUCGCCUUUGUUAUACUGCUAUAUGUUCAUGGUGCAUUCCUGUUGGAUAAUGUGCCAGACAAAGAAGAAAAUCCCUGUUCUGAGGAGGCUACAGACUAAAGGAGGAAAUGCCAUGUUUGGCUUUUGCAGAUGACACCCCUCAGACACCAAUUUGUGGUUGCAGAAGCAGAAGUGUCUCACAGGUGGGAUUUCAGGAGCAUUAAAAAAAAAAGACUCUUCUUGGUAUAAGGGGCAGCAUAACUGUAUCUAUGAGCCUCUUCCUAGGAAAAAAGAAUGUCAAGGAUGAAACUUUUACGUACAAAUAUUACCUCGUUGUGUGACUGAGAAAAGGAAAAAAACCUUUGGACAAAAUCUAACAAAAUUUAAAGCUACUGUAGUAUUAAGGAGAAACAAAGAUUGCAAGCUGUAUAUAGUCAAAUUUGUUUUUGCAAAUACACAUAAUUCCAAUAAGAAAAUAGCAUUUCAGCAAUGCUGAGAACCAUUUAUGAUAUUGUGUUAGAUGGUUCCCCCACCCCCGUCAUCUUACAUACCUUUCCUUGUAUUUGUAUAAAUUAUUUUUUCAUUACUGUUGGAAUAGUUAAUCUCCUGUUUGUGUAGAUAUGCUAUUUAAAUAAUUUAUCAGGAAAUGCUACCUGUAGAACUAGUGUUUCUAUCUUUAUAAAACAUUUGCACAUUGAAUUGAAGAAUUGUUUUUCUACCCCCAGUGUUGUUGCUAUUAGUAUAUACUUUUUUCUAAAAAUGAGCAUAUUUUGUACACUUUUUAACCAUUUUGCAACUUAAAA